GUGCCACCACUCUCUCCCCUCCGCGAAGCCAUCAGUCAGUGAGUCAACGGUGGUGGUGUAGAGCGGAUCGAGCUUUGGAAGCAGAGGCAUGGAGUCUGCGGCGGCGAGCGCCUUCCUGAGGACCGUGAUGGGGAAGCUCUUCCAGGUGCUGGAGAAGGAGUACAACAAGCAGAAGGGCCUCCGGCAGGAGACCCUCUCCAUCCAGCAGGACGUCCGCAUGAUCGCCGCCGCCAUGGACGACAGCCUCCACGCCCUGGGCCGUGGCGAGCGCCGCACGGCCGUCGCCAGACUGUACCGGGAGGAGAUGCUUGGCCUGGUGCACGACGCCCAGGACUGCAUCGACCGCAUCCUGAAACGCCUCACCUGCAGGCCCCGCGGCGGCGGUGGAGUGGCGCUGGUCCGCCGGGUCGCCCACGAGAUCAAGAAGGUGCAGAGCCGCUCAGGCUUCGCCGACGAGAUCCGGAAGCUCAAGGCCCGCCUCAAGCAGGCGCACGAGCGCGUCGUCGGUAUCCCCAUGGCCGCCGCUGCCGCCACCGUCUGCCACGAUUUCGCCACGGCGGCGCCAUUGUAUCGCGUGGCGCGCAACCCGGUGGGCCUCGGGAGGCCGGUGGAGGAGCUCCUCUCGCUGCUGGACGAGGUGGAGGGCGAGCCGGAGCAGCUGAGGGUGAUCUCCGUGGUGGGGUUCGGCGGCCUGGGGAAGACCACUCUCGCGAGGGCGGUGUACGAGGCCCCUGACGCCGUGGAGAAAUUCCACUGCCGUGCUUGGGUUUCCGCCGGUCGGUGGUCGCCGGAGAACAACGGCGGCGGGGUCAGGGAGAUCCUGCGCGAUCUACUCUGGCAAGUUCGUCCCAAAGACUCCAUGGAUGUUGUUGCUGAUGAUGGCCAACGUAUGGAAGCCUUGCUCAGUGAAUACCUCAAGGAUAAGAGGUACUUAAUUGUCAUACACGGCAUCGUGAUGGAGCAAUGGAUGCAGCUAAAGUUCAUUUUCGAAGACAACGGCAAAAGCAGCAGAAUCCUACUGACCACAGCUAUUCAGUCAACAGCUAAAAGAUGCAGCGAUGACAAUGGUUAUGUGUACCAACUGAACACACUUGGUGAAGAGGACUCCAAGGAAAUAGCUCUUCAGGGGGUACGAUCACCUGAGCUGGAGCAGGGCUCGACGGCGCUGCUGAAGAAAUGCGGCGGUCUUCCACUUGCUCUUGUCAGUGUCUCUGAUUUCCUGAAAUGUUCAGCUGAGCCUACAGGGGAGCGCUGUGCAAAACUAUGCCGCAACCUGGGUUCUCAUCUGAGAGAGAAGGAUGACUAUGACAACUUCACGGAGCUGAGAAAGGUGCUGAUGCAUAACUAUGACAGUUUGUCUGUGUAUGAUAUGACCUGCUUGCUAUACCUCGGUGUGUUUCCUAUCAAUCGUCCACUCAAGAAGAAAGUUGUCAUCAGGCGGUGGUUAGCUGAAGGAUACGCACGGAGUGAUUCCCUUUGCAGCGAAGAGGACAUUGCAGAUAAGACUUUCGAGGAGCUUAUUGACCGGAACAUCAUCCAGUCUAUUGAUACAAGAGACAAUACACAAGUGAAGACGUGCAGGACUCAUGGCAUUAUGCAUGAGUUUGCGCUACACAAGUCCAUGUCACAGGGGUUCAUCGCGACAUCGUCUCGUGAUCAUCCAAGACCAAGUGCCUAUGUUAAUAAUGUUUACCACCUUUCUAUCCACGGUGGCAAUCUGACAGAUAGUGAGGCAUCUGACGUGGAUAUAUCUCGUGUUCGGUCUUUGACAGUCUUUGGGAAAGCAGGUGAUGCUAUUUCUCAUGUCCGUAAGUGCAAACUGCUGCGAGUCUUGGAUCUGGAAGAAUGCAGUGAUCUGGAAGACAGUCACCUCAAACACAUAGGCAAACUGUGGCAUCUGACAUAUCUAAGUGUUGGGGGCACUAUUGGGAAGCUUCCGAGCAGCAUCGAUGGACUACAUUGCUUAGAGACCCUGGAUUUAAGGAGAACCAAGAUAAAGACAUUGCCCAUUGAGGCUAUCAUGCUGUACCACUUAGCCCAUCUGUUUGGAAAGUUAACGGUUGACAGAGACGAUCUGAACAAUGCAAAGAAGAUGACCAAAGUGAUGAAGUUCUUAUCUGGAAACAAGAGUAACCUGAAGACUUUAGCUGGUUUUGUCGCGAACGAGAGGCAAGGGUUUCUUGAACUUAUGGUUCACAUGAGAAAUCUGAGAAAGGUUAAGAUAUGGUGUGGCCCAGUUGCCAAUGGAAGUAACUACACCACAGAUCUUUCGGAGGCCAUUCAGGAAUUCACCAAAGUCCCCAUGGACAGUAUGGACGCCCGUUCUCUGUCACUUGAUUCAGAAGAAUGCUCCGAAGACUUGCUGAGUUCGCUUGAUUUCAAGCCAUGCCCUGAAGAUUCCAAAUAUGAUGUAAGGUCGCUCAAGCUACGUGGCAAGCUACUCCAGUUACCCCCAUUUGUUCCCUUGCUGUCAGGUCUGACUGAACUGUCUAUUUCAUCAGCUAUUUUGACAAGGGAUCUUCUAUCUGCUCUGCUCAGUUUGAGCAACUUGCUUUACCUCAAGUUGAUCACUAAUGAGCUUGAGAAUUUUGAACUGAGAUCAGGGGCAUUCCCAAGCCUGCGGCGUCUGUGCUUUGUGGUGCAAAGUCUCACUUCAGCUCUGCCAGCAAUCAAACAAGGUGCUCUGCCGUACCUUGUCUCACUCCAGCUGCUUUGCCCAGGUCUAGUUGGUCUUUCGGGCAUCCAAAUCAGACACCUCAAACAUCUCAAGGAGGUCACCAUUGACUCGGGAGUGCCUGGCGAAACAAGACAAGACUGGGAGCAAGCAACAAAGAACCACCCGAAUAGGCCAAGAUUCAUGUUGCACAAAAGUGAUGUUCGAGUGGAAAGCGAGGGACCGGGGAAUGAAGAGGCUUCAGCCGUGAGGGAGAAGAGGAAGAUAUGUGUAGUCCAACCAAGUUUGGAUGACGGACUGGAUUCUAGUCUCAAGAAGAUGAGGCUUUCAUCAGACUCUUCUUCGCGUCUUCAAAUGAUUGUCCAUACGAGUCCCACUAUGCAGCUAUGAUCGGAUCAACGAGGCAGCAGUCGACCAUCUUGGUAUGCUGUUGGACUCGUAUUUGUAUCGUCGUGAUUCAUAUAACCACAGGAUAUGACCUUUUCCACAAACUAGUGUAGCUUUUAAAGGUGGCUACAUCAAACAUGGUGGCAGCUGCAAGCUGGACUGGUAGUGCUACAUAAGCGUACCAAACUGCUAUGCUUACGAUGACGAUUCAGCUUGCAUUCCCAAAUCAAAAACAGAAGAAAUGAUACAGAUUUGGUACCUCUGCCAACAAGAUAUUUUCUAGUAUUCGAGUUACAACUUACAAAAGUCCACCAUGUCGCAAAAAGCAAGAACAGGGCUAAAUCUACUGCUGCAUGCCAUUCUUCAGAAGCUAAGCUAACAGACGCCUACUUGGUGGCCAAGCCCUACAGAUGGUGCCACCGCGCUGCCAUCAAAGCUGCUGCACGGCCUCGCGACGGAGCUCAUGAACGCCCUCAUGGUUUCCACGGAGGCAUCUCUCUGAAGCAAGCACAGGGCGUACUCCAUGACGGCGGCAUCGCAGGGCAUCAUGAUCCUCCCGUCAUCGUCGCGUGCAAAGCCGAAUUCCUCCUGGGACAUCGACAGGAGCUCGCCGAAGACCGCGGUGUCGAGGUACGCCAGCGGCACCUCGAACCGCACACUGUCGGCGGUGUACACCACACAGUGGCCCUUCAUGGCCACCGACAGUGAAGUCGCACAGCACUCGUCAUUGGCUGCUCCUUCCGCUGCUGCCGUGGUCCGGGUGUAGUAAUGCUGCUUUGGUUUCUAAAUGAACUGAUGUGGUGGUGGUGGUGGUGCUAAUCUGAUGGACUUAUAUAUAGGAGUGAGGGAGAAAGAAAAGUGAACAAGUCAGUUUAGGUGCAGCUAUCCUGACAGGUUGGCAAGGGACAUGGCCAUGAGCUUAGAACAUGCAAUGCUAACUGCAAGAGUGCAAUGUGAUCUUGAUUGAUUUGUCUGUGGCCAUUAGUUUGCCAUACUGAUAUGUUUCAGUGGCAAAUAGUAUAAGAAGCAUACGACUGUGGAGACCAUGUGUCAAUUGGGUCCAUUUCUGUUUCUGAUUGCAAAACCACAUGCAGACUAAUCAUUUUGGGUGCUGGAUUAAUCAUAUACGGAGUAUUAACGGAA